AUGCCUGCUUAUUCAAGGCGCUCAUUUUUAGAGAAUUAUCGCUACUUAUUCGUAAGCACAUGGAUACUUUUGCUUACAAUCUCAUCAGCUUUGCAGGCUUAUGACUGUUAUGAUAUUAUUUGCAACAAAGCUGAGUCAGCAGAUACAUGCAUCAAUGUAGUAGAUUCCGCAAAAACGGUGACAAUAAACCCUUGCACUGACAGUAAAAGCUGCCCAUCCAUAAGCAAGCAGCUUUCUACAGUGACAACUAGCUGGACCAAUGAAAACUGCGUCCCAUCAGAUCCUGAAUCCAUUGAAUGCCCAACUAAUGAGACUUCAGUUCAUAAUGGUUUUUAUUGCUGUAAAAAUGAAGAUUGUGUAUCAGGCAUAUGCGAAGGUUCCUGAUGUAAAGGGAAAAGCAAAAAUAUUUAAAAAAAUUAACCAAAAAAUAUAUUUUUAAAAAAAAUCACUUUUCAAAAAUAAAUCGGAAGAGUUAGGGAUUGUAUGCUACUCUGAUUUAGAAUGUGAAUCUGAUACAUAUUGUAAAGGACUCAGCUUCAUUUCUAAAACUGGCAAAUGCACAGCAGCAAUCGAAUCAGACGGAGCUUGCGCCUAUGAUGACUAUUGCGGAAUAGGCUAUGGAUGCAACGAUGGUAAAUGUACUCAGCUUUAUUCGCUUAAAGUAGGAUCUACAACAGACGACAAAAGAUUUUGUGUCACUGAUUUUGAAGUAGGAGGAAUCUGCGAAUAUCUUGAUGUCUAUAUUGGAAAUUCCAAAAUAGAUUCCCCUUAUAAGUGUUAUAUAGGAUCAACCUGCUCUUAUUGACUUAAUAAUCAGCUUUUAAAGUACAGCACCAGUCCAUGUCAUUGCUCAGGAUUAGGGAACACAACUGGCUACUGUGGGGAUUAUAUAGAAUUUACCUUAGCUUACGAAGAUUUUUUCCCAAAAUUUGGGUACAAUUCAUCUAAGUGCUCCGGGGUUGAUACACAUAUAUCUCAUCUACACUAGCGGAUCACUAUGAUCACAAGCGUCUCUGGAGAAGAUUGGGGGUUUGUGAAAACAGCCCUUGAAAUGACAAAUCUGUAAUAUAUAGUGGAUUUGCCAUUUCAAGGGUUGACGAAACCGACUGCCUCAUCAUCUUGAUAAAAUUCGAGAUCAUAGCAAUCCACUAGCGUAGAUGAGUCAUACAGAUAAUAUAGAAGUAUUAUAUAACUGUGGAUCUAUUAGUAAAGAUGCUUAUGACUAUUACAAUAACCUUCACGGCCAAGCCAUGCACUGGGCUGUUUUUCAGUCAGGUGCAAUAAAUGAUUGUUCAAGCAGCCUAGAUCUAUAUGAGCCAUCCUACACUUUAAGCUCAUAUGGAAAGAGCCAGUUUCUAACAAUUUCAAGAAUCUUUUUGUUAAUUUAUAUAAUUAAUUAG